UCAGUUUUUCCCUUUCUCACGUUACUUUCAGAAUUGUGGUGGAAAGGAAAAAAAAAAAAAAACUAAAAGAAAAGAACAAAGUCUCUGUCUCUCUGUCGUUCGCGUUGAUCUCAGAUUCAGUCUUCGCCAUGGCGGAGGGUGCUUCAUACGGACUGCGUCGCUCAUUAGAUAUUCAGCAAUUACAAUUUGAAGCCCAGCAUCGGUGGUUGCGACCUGCAGAAAUUUGUGAAAUUCUUCGUAAUUAUCGGAUGUUUCAUAUCACAUCAGAACCUCAUAACAGACCCCCAAGUGGUUCACUUUUUCUUUUUGAUCGGAAGGUUUUGAGAUACUUUAGAAAGGAUGGGCAUAAUUGGAGAAAGAAAAAAGAUGGAAAAACUGUGAAAGAAGCUCACGAAAAGUUGAAGGUUGGAAGUGUUGAUGUGUUGCACUGCUACUAUGCCCAUGGAGAAGAAAACGAAAAUUUUCAAAGACGAAGUUAUUGGAUGCUUGAACCGGAUAUGAUGCACAUAGUAUUUGUCCAUUACUUGGAAGUUAAGGGUAACAAAAAUAUUGUAGUAAAUACUGAAGGUGAUGAGGUCCUAUCAGAUUCCCAAAAGGUCACUUCUCCAUCAUCUAGCUUUCCCACAAAUCAUAGUGGUGUUCCUUCACUGAGUACAGAUUCUGUGAGCCCAACAUCCAGUUUGAUGUCUUUACGUGAAGAUGCUGAUUCUGAGGAUAUCCACCAAGCAAGUUCUGGGUUGCGCCCAUUACAUGAGUCACAACAUAUGGGGAAUGGUCCAUUUACGGGAAAGAUUGAUGCUGGUUUGAACAGUUCAUAUCCUAUGCAUCCCCUUUCAGGUGAUCAUGGACAAUCAACAAUUUCUGGAGUGGAUUAUAUCCCAGUCCCAGUUGCUCACGGGGAUAAAUUUAGAGGAAAUGAUACUGCUUAUAUUGAUGGUCAUAAAACACAUGGUGUGGCACCAUGGGACACUGUCUUGGAAAGCACCGCCAAAUUUCAUAAUGAUCCUUCUCUUGCAUCAUUUCCUUCCAUCACAUCUAGUUCAACAGGAAACGUCCUUGAACAAGACCAUACCAUUUUUGGUGACCUCAUAAUGAGCAAAAAAGGUCUCACUGCGGAUGCAGAGAUCUCUCAGUCUCUCCAAGCAAAUUGGCAGAUCCCUUUUGAAGACAAUUCAGGAGACACGCCAACUUUAACCCAAUCAUUUGGCCUACAAUUUGGAUCUGAUUAUGGCACCGGUUUACUAGGGAACUAUACUCGUAAUGCAAGUUCUGAAAUUGCUCCAGUCCUGUAUAAUUUUCAUGGUGAAUCAAAAGAGCAGACUAUGCAGCAAAACUAUCCAGAAGAGCAUGCAGAUGAACAAUCUCAAUAUGCAGUAAAAUCCAAUUCUGCAAAUAAAAUUCCUGAUGAAGAAACCAUCAAUUAUGGCUUAAAUGUGAAGUACGCAUUAUUAGACAGAGACGAGAGCCUGAAGAAGGUUGAUAGCUUCUCUCGAUGGGUUACUAAAGAACUUGGAGAGGUGGCUGAUUUGAAUAUGCAGUCCUCACCUGGUAUUUCAUGGAGUACAGAUGAAUGCCAGCAUGUGAUAGAUGAUACCUCAUUGAGUCCAUCUCUCUCUCAGGACCAACUGUUUAGUAUAAAUGAUUUUUCACCUAAAUGGGCUUAUGCUGAGUCAGAAAUUGAGGUGUUGAUUAUUGGAUCAUUUUUGAAGAGUCAGCCAGAGGUGACAACCUGUAAAUGGUCCUGUAUGUUUGGGGAAGUUGAGGUUCCUGAUGAGGUUUUAGCUGAUGGAAUUUUGUGCUGUCAAGCUCCACGUCAUAAGGUUGGUCGGGUACCUUUCUAUGUAACAUGUUCGAAUAGGUUAGCUUGCAGUGAAGUGCGGGAAUUCGAUUUCAGAGAGGGCUUUGCUAGAAAUGUAGAUUUUGCAGAUUUUUAUAACAGUUCGACUGAAAUGUUGCUUCAUUUGAGACUGGAGGAUUUUCUAUCUUUGAAGCCAGUGGACCCUUCAAAUCAUGCUUUUGAGGGUGACUUGGAGAAAAGAAACGUGAUUUUUAAGCUUAUAUCACUGAGAGAGGAAGAGGAAUAUUCGAUUAAGGAAGAGUCAACUACAGAAUUAGAUAUAUCUCAACACAAAGCGAAGGAGCAUCUGUUUCUCAGGCAGGUUAAAGAGAAGCUGUACUCAUGGCUUCUUCACAAAGUAACUGAGAGUGGUAAAGGGCCAAAUAUAUUAGAUGAGGAUGGGCAGGGUGUGCUACAUUUAGCAGCUGUUCUUGAUUAUGAUUGGGCCAUAAAUCCAAUUAUAUCAGCUGGAGUUAAUAUCAACUUCAGAGAUGUUAAUGGAUGGACAGCUCUUCAUUGGGCUGCAUCCUAUGGCAGAGAGCGGACAGUAGCUGUCCUUGUCUCCAUGGGUGCAGAUUGUGGAGCAUCAACAGAUCCAUCUCCAGCAUUUCGAUCAGGUAGAUCUGCUGCAGAUCUUGCCUCUAGUAAUGGACACAAAGGAAUCUCUGGUUUUCUUGCUGAGUCUUCAUUAACUCACCACCUUGAAACCCUCACAAUGGAUGAUCAAAAGAGCGGUCAACAAGAAAUUUCAGGAAUGAAAGUGGUGCAGACAGUUUCAGAAAGAACUGCAACACCUGUGAUCUAUGGUGAUAUGCCAGAUGCCCUCUGCCUGAAGGAUUCACUUACUGCCGUGCGCAAUGCAACACAAGCUGCUGAUCGUAUACAUCAAGUAUACAGAAUGCAAUCAUUUCAGAGGAAGCAGUUAACUCAGUGUGAAGGUGAUGAUCAGCUUGGGUUGUCAGAUCAACAAGCUCUUUCCCUUCUAGCUUCUAGGGCAGGCAAAUCUGGACAAGGAGAUGGUUUAGCCAAUGCUGCUGCAACACAGAUACAGAAAAAGUUUCGUGGUUGGAAGAAAAGAAAAGAAUUCUUGAUGAUUCGUCAAAGAAUUGUUAAAAUUCAGGCCCAUGUAAGAGGUCACCAGGUAAGGAAACAGUAUAAAACAAUUAUCUGGUCCGUGGGAAUCCUGGAGAAGGUCAUAUUACGUUGGAGGCGCAAGGGUAGUGGUUUACGUGGAUUUCGACCAGAUGCUGUUAAUAAAGUCCCCAGUCAACAAAAUGAUUCUCCGAAAGAGGAUGAUUAUGAUUAUCUCAAGGAGGGACGGAAACAAAAGGAGGAAAUAAUCCAAAAGGCCCUAUCAAGGGUGAAGUCCAUGGCUCAAUAUCCAGAGGCACGUGCUCAGUACCGGCGUCUGCUAAACGUUGUUGAGGACUUCCGUCAAACCAAGGCAUCUGACAAGGGUUUCCUCAAUUCUGAAGAGACAGUCGAAAGUGUGGAGGAUUUGAUUGAUAUUGAUAUGCUUUUAGAUGAUGAUAAUUUCAUUCCUAUAGCAUUUGAUUGAUCUGCAGCUCCCAUCUUCCCCACUGUAAAUACAUGGCCAGUUGGCUUUAUUUGGCAUUGGGGAGUCCUAACAUCGCCUUGAUGUAUAUAUUUCUAAUCAAAAUUACUUGGAUCCAAGGCUGCAUAUAAGUAGAUUAUGAUAACUAGCAUGCACUCUGCUUUGACAAGAUAUUGUAGUCUAAUCAAACAUGGUUUGAUUUUAUUUAUGAUUAUUUUAGUAUGACAGGAUGAUUCUGUUUAUAGAUGGUUGGGGAUUAUAACAUAAAUGAUGUAUCUUGCUAAAGUAUUAAACUGCAAUUUGUACAGAAGUUUACUGUGGCGAGAGGAAUUAUAUACUAAGUCUUAAUUAUGAUAUCAAGCUUGUUU